AGAUCGGUGUUUUUUAUUUAUUUAUUUAUUGAAAGAAAAACAAUAACCGAGAGGCCUUAGAGAAGCACUCAAACGGAGAGGAAAAAACCCAUCCCUGGCAUAAAGCUUGGAAUAAAUCAAUGGACUGAAUGAAGACUGCCUAUAACGCCUAUCGAUGCCUGGCCAAGGAUUUGGAUGCGUACGCCAUGAACCCAGAGAUGACAAUGGACAUUGGCAACCUCCACGGUGGAGUGAGUCAUGAGCAGGACUUGAUGAGCCACAGCCCCCAUCACAAUCGCAACGCGGGGGCUCAGUUACGGAUACACCAGGAUCUGACCGUGGCAUCGUCGCGCUCCGCGAUGGUGUCCAGUAUGGCAUCGAUUCUGGACGGCGCCGGAGGAGAGUACCGUCCGGAGCUGUCCCUGCCGCUCCAUCACGCCAUGAGCAUGCCAUGCGACACGUCCCCGCCCGGGAUGAGCGGCACUUACACCACGCUGACCCCGCUGCAGACUCUACCACCCAUCUCCACCGUGUCCGACAAAUUCCACCAUCCGCAUCACCACCACCACCACCAGCGUCUCUCUGGGAACGUGAGCGGGAGUUUCACUCUCAUGCGGGACGAGAGAGCUCUGCCGGCCAUGAACAACCUCUACAGCCACUAUCAUAAAGACAUGAGCGGGAUGGGUCAGAGCUUGUCCCCCCUGGCCAGCAGUCCACUCGGCAACGGCUUGGGCUCCAUCCACAACGCCCAGCAAACGCUCCACAACUACGGCGCGCACGGCCACGACAAGAUGCUGAGCUCCAACUUUGACGCGCACACUGCCAUGUUGGCCAGAGGGGACCAGCACCUCUCCCGAGGCCUCGGUGGCCCCGCGGCGGGCAUGAUGCCCCCCCAUUUGAACGGGAUGCACCACACCGGGCAUCCGGGCCACCCUCAAUCCCACGGGCCCGUGUUGGCUUCCAACCGGGACAGACCGCCCUCCUCCUCCUCUGGAACGCAAGGUUCGGGACAGCUGGAAGAGAUCAACACCAAAGAAGUGGCUCAGCGCAUCACGGCCGAGCUGAAGCGCUACAGCAUCCCGCAGGCCAUCUUCGCGCAGCGGGUGCUGUGUCGCUCGCAGGGCACCCUGUCCGACCUGCUCCGGAACCCCAAACCCUGGAGUAAACUCAAGUCGGGACGGGAGACGUUUCGCCGAAUGUGGAAAUGGUUACAGGAGCCCGAGUUUCAGAGGAUGUCGGCCCUUCGGCUUGCAGCGUGCAAAAGAAAAGAGCAGGACCCGAGCAAAGACAGGAGCAAUACACCAAAGAAAUCGCGGCUGGUUUUCACCGACCUGCAGCGAAGAACACUACUGGCCAUCUUUAAGGAGAACAAACGUCCGUCCAAAGAAAUGCAGCUGACCAUCUCGCAGCAGCUGGGACUGGAACUGAACACUGUAAGCAACUUCUUCAUGAACGCCCGCAGACGCAGUCUGGACAAAUGGCUGGACGAGGGGAGUCUGGGGAACAUGUCCACCGGCAGUACUUGUACCAAAGCGUGAUCCCGGAGGGAUGGGGGAGGGUGGGGGUGCACUGGGAAGGAACAGCAGAUAACGGAUGAUGGAUGGUGGGCAUUCGGGGUGGUUUAAGGGUCCAGUGCACCAGGGAUGGGUCGGACACUCAACAGCAAACUUUAUACGAAGAGAAAAUAAUUUUGAAGGGCAACGAGCGGAGAGAAACUGCUUACUGGCUAUUGUCGAAAAAACAAAUAAGAAUCUGUUUGCAUCCACAGAGUUUAAGCAAACAAAACUAAGAGUCUUAAUGCAAAUCACAAGUGAAGUGAAUACCAAAGGGUUUGGCACGGUUUCCAUUUCACAUCUACAUUAAAGGUGAAGGGUGUAAUUAUUUGCACAAGUAGCGGCACUACAAAGAAUUUCAAUCUCAGUUGCAGUUUGAGUAACUGUUUGGUCUCUGUAUUAUCGUAAGAUAAUAAAAGGUACGACAUUUAUUUCCAUACAGACCAACCAAUCAACAAACAGGACUUUAAAUUAAUACAAUACAGGCAAUACAAUACAAACUAGUCUCCUAUCCAACACAUUAUUUACGUUGAGGGUUUCGGUUAAAUGUAGGAAAAAUCAAUCAAACAUCGUUCGUUGGUUCGAUUAUUUUUGUCUAUGGGAGUAAAAGUCAAGGUUUUCAUACAAGCCUACUCAUACUAAUUAUUAUGACAUGUCAUGAGACCAGGUUGGACUCAGCUAAUGGCGUGAGUUUGGGUUGGGACUUCCCAUUUGCCCGACUAAUGGCAGAUGGGAGGAAUGUUUGGGAAACCUGUUUGAAAACAGUAAUUAUAUUUGCAAUUCCAUUUGGUGCCACUAGUGGUGCAGAAAUUACACAAUGCAGCUUUUGCAUUUCUUAUUUUAAUUUCCUCAAGUGUGAGUGACGAGCUACACACAUUUCAAACAGUUCAAAGCUUUAGUAAUACCACAAGAACUUUAAAGUACAUAACCGCUUGUAAAUGCUCAAGGUGCAGUUUGUCUAGAAUAUUGAGGCAGAAAAACACAGUGUAGACCUGUCAUAAGCACAAAGCACAAAACACUCACACUCACGGCCAGGUUUGUGAGCACAAUCCUGAAGCACAUUAAAUUUGCAAUAGAACAGGGGCUGGACCACAGAUUGUUCUUCUCUUAUGAAAAAAUAACUCAGGAUGAUAUUUGUACGAUACAACAGAAGAACAUCAAUCUCAUGAGGUUCUUUCUCUCGAAAUUACACUACAGUUGAGCAACAGUAAUAUACCACAAAACACACACGCCAUUGGCUUCAUCAUUUCGUUUCGUGAUUAUUUCUGUAUUAAGUUAAGAAACCAAACACAAGUGUACUGGCAUUGGUGUUCAGGGCCUUUACAAGUGUAUAAGAGGACAAUCUCCAAACCAAUGUGCGCCAGUUUAGCUUUGCAAAGACUCUCUUUCUCUUUCUGAUCUUUCCAAUACAAAAUCAAGAAGUUCGAAACGCUCAGUCCAGAUACAGGAUUCUCAAAGCACUCUUUCAUUUACUUCUUCCAAAUUCCACCUUCUUCAUUUAUUGUUGAACCAAAGCCAGAGACAGACAAACAGAGCCAGUAAGCAGUUCUCUCCCGGGUCACAAUGAGGGCCAAAGGCUUUUCGGAUCACUCGAACAACGGACUCUAAAGACUUUUUCUAUUUAUUGACAAAUCGACACCAAAGAAACUUUUCUGCACCUAACUGUUCUGCAAACAAAAACUGUUUAAAGGACAAUGAAGAAAAAACUGAGGAAAAAAACAACCAAAAAAAAAAAAAAAAAAAGAAAAGAAAAAAAACUGCAACGAACAAACAAACAAAGAUGACGAAGCGUAGAAUGGCAACGGGCGACAAAGAGGAAUCCUUCGUCAGGGAAUGGAGAGCCGUCGUCUUUGUUGGUGUUUCGAUUGGUGGGACAGUUGAAAAACAGGAAGCAGAAUGGGAUCGAAAGGGUUUAAAAACAUGCGGCAGAGCUGUUCCCACGGCAACGGCGGCUCCCACAGGCAGAAUAAUGCGUCUCUCGGAAAAGUUGAAGAUUGUCUUUAAUGAGUGCCUAUGCAGUUUUUUCAACCAAAAUGGAAAGAACAACAAAAACCUCAUCAGCUAUAAAACCAAAGAUUCAGAGUAACUCCUAACGCAAUUCCCCUCCUUAUCCGAGCAGUUUCCCGUCACUGAUGACGCCGAUAGCUCACCUGUUCUCCAAGAGGUGUAACAGUGCGUUGAGGAGGGGCUUGUAUGUAGGGGGUUGAUUCAUUCAGUGUUGCCUCUCUCCAAACAUGGGACAUCAAGGGUUCAGCUCUGUAAGUUUGUCCUACCUCUGUUUUUCCUACCUCCGUUAUGUCCACUUCACAGCUCAAACUAAAGGUGUAACUCAGCCUGAUGGGCAUACCAAAGAUAAACACCUUUAAGCACAUGCAAUCUCACCUUUUCCCCAUUAUCCUAUGCUUGCAGACCAGCUACCACUUACACAACAACUGGAAGAACACAUGAUCUUGUAGUUUCGUUUCAUAAAUGAUUAAGCUGACUAACGGUCACCAACAUCCCAUCAAUAAUCUCAGUCUUACCUGAUCAGUUCGAUCCGUAGCAUCUUGCAAGGCUUGUCGAGAACCUGUUGAAUGCCAAAGAACAGACUCAAGUCUCGGACAAUUCCACCCUUCCAAAAUAUUCCAACCAUCUCAUAUUCCCAUUGUCACGCGUUUGAUUCCAUGAGCUGAACCCCGUCUCCUAUGUUUGAGAGAGCUGUUGGCGUUUAGAAGGUAAUCUGUUCAAAGGCACCACUGCAACCAGUUCCAUAUUCCUACAAGAUAUUCCAACUGAAAAGCCAAUAAUCUGCCAAAAAUGCUCACUUACCUGUAGAGAGGAAACUGCAGACUGUAGGUCGAAUAGCUUUAUCCUUUAGGUUUUCUCUCUUUAAAGCUUCUAGUCCAAAGAUUCUCCAACGCCUAGGACCUCUCGAGGUCGGCCUGGAGCCUUCAUCUGCUAUCCAAUAAGGUCAGGUCUUUAGGAACAUGGGCCAAAGAGCUUUCCUUUGCUUGUCUUAGUACUUAUGUUUUGCCAAUGCCUCUGUACAGUGUUUACCCAGGUUUUGCAAUAUGUGAUUUUAUUUAUGUAAUUUAUAUUUGUUAUAAUUGAACUUAAUUUAAAUGGCCAAAAACGUCCCCAGAAACCCUUUACCCCAAAUAGCUUGCCAAAGUUUACAUUUUUUGCAUGUUGGACACCAUCAGACUUAUUUAUUCAUGACUAAAUGCGCUAGUAUGCAUUGAUUUUUUUUAUUUUAUUUUCAACGUAAUUAUUUAAUGUUAUUUAAUUAGAUGUAAUUGUUUGAAUGACUAUUUAUGAAUAUUAGUGCUUCUCUGUUAAUUUAUUAGUUAGCUUUACUUUAAAAAGCAAUGCAAAGGGUGUAUUUAAUUUUUCUUAGAAAGAAUAAUUCUAAACACAUUGUAGCUAUCAGGUUUUUAGUCUGUCAAGAUUUUACUGAAAUCGUUUAGAUAUUGUUUGUUGAUUUUCUUUUGAAUGGAAACAAUCUAUCGUUUGAUACUGUCUGAAGGGGCACUGCAUCAGGGCAUUUGUGGUUAUGAAUCAUUACGUUGAGCGAUCUUUUCUGUGCAUCUUGCUCGCAUUGAAGGACAAGCACCUAAUUUCAGCCCGGUGUUUUAGAGACGGACCAUACGGGGGCCACACGUUCACAAGAGAUCAACGCAGAAUUCACCAAAGACGAAAAACCCACGGAUGCUGAGAGGUCGUGUAGGAGGACAUAGAGGAAUCCCUUAAAAACUAGAAAAAGCUGCUUCCAAGACUGACUUGUGUGUGUGUAAAAAGUCUUUCUAUCUCUUUAGUGAGAACCACAGAGGCUACCUCACUGAAUUUUCCAUUUGUAAUUUUAAUCGUGUUGAUGAAACCAAAGAUACCAAAGAUUUCUUUUUCUCGAGUACGGUCUGCGCUUGACGCCAUGCUUUGGAUAUUUUGAUAUUCCCACUCUUUUUUCACCCUCUUUCUCUCUUCUUCCUCUUUCAUAUACAAGUUCCUCCUCUCCUCUGGAAAAAUAAGUGCAAUGGAGUGGAGGGGACUUGAUGUCCAGUUGUAGAUUUUAGUCGUGUGUAGUUUUAAUCGCCCCCAGGACUGAAUUGGUAAUCUGGCAUACCGGGCAUUUUCCUGGUGGGCCGACACACUUUGGGGCCGAUCAGGGGUGGACUGGCCUUCGGGAGAACCGGGCCAGCCACGAAACGGGCCAAAUGGGCCGUGAUAAUAAGCUGAAAUGAGCCACCGCAUUAUGCAGAAUGGGCCACAAAAUGGCGCAGCGAUAUGCCGAAGGGGGCAGUGAUAUGCAGAAAAGGACAGUGACCCCCCGCCCCCCACUCAACAACUUUGGGCAAGUUUCUAUGUAAAAUCCCGGGCCGAUUUCUCUUCCCAGUCCACCCCUGAUCGCCCCUUACUGGUCAGAAUGUAAUAAAACCAAGAUGCAAAAACAUUAGCAUGCCAAAUCCUGUUUGGCACAGAAACACCAACAUUAACACCACCCUAAAUGCUUUGCAAAUUCAUUAAUCCAACACAAUCCAAAAGGGACUGAAUAUUCAUUUCAGAACUGGUGUGGUAUUUUCUGUCAAAUACAGAAUAGUGUCUUGUUUUAUGCUGCGUUCCAUUUGAUUUGGAAAGUCGGAGUUUCCAAUUUCUCACAUUUUGUAACUGGGCACCACUUGAAUUCAGACUUCAAACUUGCAACGCCGAUUCUGUCAAGAUGCGGGUGAGUGGCAUCACAUGAAAAAUGGCGGCAAUCCGGGAAAUUUUAAACAGUUAAUGAAAAAGUUCACUUUUAAGCAAAUAAAGUGCAUCAACAAGUCAAAGUUCCGACAUUACAUGAUAAUAAAACCUGUUUCGCAAACAUUUCCAGAGACCAUAAUCGUAAACCUGCAAUACAAAUGCUAGCGAUGAAUUCUUCGCAUUUGGUCUCUAUUUUUGUUCUGACAAUCGAACUCCUGCAAAGGUAACGGUAGCGUUGCCGACUUGUUUCUUUAUAUAUUAUCUUCCGAGCGUCGGUCAAUGCAAUGUCACACCUUUAAGUUCAGAAGUUGGAGAUAUUAAAAGUACUGUAAGUGAUUUUAACAGUUCUCGAACUUUCACCAGACACAAAAAAGACACUUGGACACCACCGUUAUCAGAGGUGGAGCAGGAGAGCAUUGUAAUGUCACAGGUAAGAAAAAUAAACAAGCAAUUUGAUGUCCGCAAACCUGAACGGUUACUGACGUUAGAUACUGUGACGUUAGUUGUGUUUGUUUGUUAGUGAUUUAACGCCAUGCCAGCUUCAGUGGCUUUGUUCAUGGUGGAAAACAAGUUAAAAUAUAAUAAAACUGUAUAAUUGACUUAGCGAAAUAGCGUUCUCAAAACGGCAAUCGUUAAACUGACCGUGGCCAAUUGUUUUUAUCGCCGUUUACAGAAGCUAGCACUGUCACAGGGACAGGUGUGAUAUUUCAUGGGACCUGUUUACAUUUUACCUUUCAGGGAUUUGGGACAUCCCACAUCUGACUUUGAAUGGAAUGCAGCCUGAACAAACUCUGGAAUGACAUUCAAAAAUGUCACGUAUAGUUUUUAGUUAUCUGAAAUACUCCUCAAUCUUUCUCAAAAAGAUCAAAGUCCACUUAAUGUUGUUGUUUCUGUGCUCACUGACCUACGAAACCAAAAACCAAAUCAAAAGACAUCUCUUACCAGACCUAAGGGACUCUACGGAGAACUUUCAGGAAAUCGUCGCCAGCCGCGACGUGCUAAAGACGCUAAACAAACGCAGAUGGAAUCCCCAACACUACUGCAUCCUGUUUAAAAAGUAACAUACUUGUGACAAAAUAAAUCUGUUUUAUGGGGGUCACGUAUGUCGUAUUGAUUGCCAGUAUGUCGUAAAAUAUUUUAGUAAUGGCAGUCAUUUAAAUCUGGUCCUCAAACAUAGCCUACAUGGAGCCUACAAGUAUAAUAUAUAUUUUAUAUAAAAAACAAAAUUCAAAAAGGAACCCCUGAUAAACAUAUAGAGAGCGCUUUUGUUGCAAAGUAUGAGAUAUUGUUGGAUGAGUGCCUUGCUUGAACCAAAGCGAAGUUUCGACCUCUCUGUUUCUUCAGUUAUUACCUCAGCGACAGGAAGAACCCGCGAUCACCGUUCGCCAGCGAGACGUGGUUUUACGGUGCUUUGCAAUGCAAUCAUGCAAAGAUCAAAGACUAAUAACUAGACCAAAGGCUUUCUAGAAUUCUGUUCUUUCUCUUUUCUCUCCUUCUAAUGGUUGCAAAGCUUUAAAUAAGAAAAGAAAAAACCCAGAGGCAUGUCAAGGGCGCAGACCGUGCUUUUCUUACCAAAUUUUUCUCGGAUAUACCUCAUAGAAGUUAGUGUUAGGGUACUGUUAUUAUAGCGUAUGUAUUAAAUUAUUCACUUACUCUUAUUUUUUAGUAACUGUGACUUAAGACAAACCAAGAAAAAAGCUUUAUACAUCUUAAGUUGUGAUUUUUGUAAUAGCUGAUGUUCGCUUACCAAAAACAGAACGCUUGUCUUUUUCUCUCUUAAUGUUGAUGUGACAACUUUCACAAAUAUUUGUGGUGCAAGGUUUUGUUUUUUUCCCCCCCAUUUUAAGACAUUUUAAUUUUUCUGAGGGAUGGCUCGUAUUCUCCAUAAGGAUAUUAUUUUUGGAUUGGGAAUGGUUGGUGGUUGGAAUCAGCCUGAAGUUUACAGUUUUCAUACUUCCAAAGAAACUAGCAUCACUUCUGUUGUACAGUUCGCUUCGAUUGCAUUUACACCAUCCAUUUUCUUGUUUCGCAUUUUUUCUCAUCGUACUCAUUUCGUGUGAAAAUGUAGCAUUACAGUAACGCAGCCAUCAUUCAAUGCUGUAGUCUUGAUUUUUGCAUGAGUAUCUUUACGGUUCUAGCUAGCGGUGUAAUGCAUUGUCGUUAAAUAGCUUUUAAGUUCCAAAUCAGUCUCAUUUUUUUGCAUGUUGGCCUGAUCUAAUUCUUGAGGAGUUCAGCUCAGAUAUGUUCAUACACAUCGUACACUUGAUCAGAUUAAUUGUAUUCGGGUUUCGAUUGUACCUUGGUGGAAGUGAAUCAGAUUCAUCCAGGUCUAAUUGGCUGAAUCAACCUGAUCACUUUCUGUUUGAACAAACAUUUCUGAUCAAGUGUACAGUGACUUAAUCUUUCAUUAUUUCAAAAACACCAAUCAGCUGUAUGCAAGAGCAUAAAUUUGGAUUGAACAUUGGGGGGGUUGCAGCGUGAAGCAUUUACAUGUUUCCAUUGAUCAUGGGGGGGUACAUGCUCUUUUUGAUCCCGCCCAGAAUCUACGCCCUUGGCUGUAUGAACGGAGACACCAGUUUGAAAUCAGUAUAUUUGACUUGUUUUCCAGUAAGAUUAUCUAAACAUACUAUGCAGCAAACUUGCAUAUUAAGACUUGUUUUCAAAGAAUAUAUUUUCAAUUAAUCUUAUUUUUGUAGCCCAUUCACAAGUAAACUUAAUUCAAGAUAUAUUCUCUAAAAACAAGUGUUAUUAUCUCACACAAUUUCAGUUUUCAAGUAAAUGUUUCUUACAUAUUUGCUCUGGAAAAUAAGACAAAAAUACUGUUUUUGUGUUUACAGUGUUUGGACAUUGGACUUCCAAAUUGGACUUUAAAUGGACAAACAGUUUAUUGGUCUAAACACAAUGAAAAAUGCAAUGUGAAGUCCUAAAAUAUAGUUCUGUCACAGGAUGAAAUGUACCAGACAAUCUACUACUAAUCGGGAAAAAACCCCCACUUAAUUCUUUUGAGAACUAAUGACCAGUUAAACCUCAUCAUAAAAACAUCCUUGCAGCAUUGAACUCCAACCAGUUCUGUCAUUUGAGACUGUCAGAACGCAUAAAAGAAUUGAUGUCUUAGAAAAUCGUGUUUUGAAAUAAAGAACACCACUGAGGCCAUUUCCAAUGAUUGUGUUUAACUGGAUGUAACGUUUGAACCGGUCAUCAGACUGACUGGGAAAUUAUGAACUGUGUUGCAAAGAUAUGUUUUUUUAUUCAAUUUGAAAAUGGAUUGGAUGUGCAUUGUUUUUCUUUCAAUUCCAUCGUUUUACAUUAUGUUCAUUUGUUGGUUUGUUAAAUCAUUAUAUUCAUGUAAAAAAGGAUUGUUGUUGGAAUCACAAGAGAAAAUUGAACAAAUUUUAGUUUUGCAUUCAUGAUCAAAAAACGUUCAAAGUACAUGUUCUUCCACUAGAUGUUUGACCCUAAAUAAAGAGAACAAGUGAUUUUAUUCCUAAACCAUUUGCUUUCAUGAAUCACAUCAAUAAAACCUGUCUUAUGAUGUAACUGUA